AUUACUGAUCGUAUGUAUGAACAUCUGCAUAAAAAUAUAUUAUUGUUUAUUAUUUAUUAUAAAAUAUUGCCAGAAAUGUCCUUUAAAGAAGCGCAUGCGCGUGCAGAGCAGUGUUUUUGUAUUAGGGAUCCAAUAACAAAUACAUUGCAAAAAAAUAUAUUUUUUGCACUUUGACGUCAUAGUAUUGAGUUGAAAAUCAACAAAGCAACAAUAUAAACUUGUUUUAUUUAAAGUUAAUUUUUUAAAGUUUAUAAUAUGAAGUUAACUUUACGACGUUACUCCUUAUUAUUAUGUCUGCAAUUUACAUUUUUGUUAGCGGAUUUGUUUUUCAACACCUUUGCGCAUAUUUUUCUGAGUGAAAAACUUCAAUAUUCUAUUGUAUUAUAUGUCAUUCAAGACGUUUUCAUUAUUUGUGAAUAUGUGUUCUUCACUUUUGCUGUGCAUUCAACUUGCGUUUAUGAGGUCGGCGGUGCCUCUGUAAUUUUCCGAAACUGUAAGUUCUUCCUAAUCACUAUUCUGACAUAUUUCCUACUUUCGGCUACGCAACAUUUAUGGAUUGUUUACAAUGUGAUGUGGGUGCCAACUGCGGAUUGGUCCAACACUUUAACAGCAUUGGCAUUUGUACAGCGCCUAGUAUCCUUUGUUUAUUACUAUACCUGUAAGCAUACGGCUUUAGUUGUAUCCGAUCCGCGUUAUUAUGAGGAAAAUAUUGAUUGGAUUGCCGAACAAUUGAGUGAUAAGUAAUUCGCAUCUAGGAGAGAAUGUUAAAUAGCUUCAUGUUGAAUGUUGAGUAGUUAAACAAGAUAUAAUUCAUUAAUUUACGUUUAAAUAAAGUAAUCGCUCAAAAUAAAGUUAUCUUAUUCAAAAUGUA